AAAUUAGCAUUAUAGCUAUAUAUAUAUAUGUAUUACAUUUGAUACAUAUUAGCAAAAGAGAAAAAAGAUCAAUGGGGAGGAAACCUUGCUGUGAGAAAAUUGGAUUGAAGAGAGGUCCAUGGACUAUAGAAGAAGAUCAUAGACUCAUGAACUUCAUUCUUAACAAUGGCAUCCACUGCUGGAGAAUUGUUCCAAAACUCGCAGGUUUGCUGAGAUGUGGUAAGAGCUGUAGACUGAGAUGGAUUAAUUAUCUGAGACCCGAUCUCAAGAGAGGUGGUUUUACUGAUGCUGAAGAAGAACGUAUUAUGGAACUUCACUCUCAACUUGGCAACCGGUGGUCUAAAAUUGCAUCUCAUUUCUCUGGUCGAACGGAUAACGAGAUAAAAAACCAUUGGAAUACGAAGAUCAAGAAGAAGAUGAAACAUCUUGGUUUAGAUCCGGCUACGCAUGAACCAAUGAAUAAUAUUACUUACCAAACGGAAUCUAACCAGAUAACAAAACCAAACAUUUGUUCUAUCACCAAGGAAGGAGAAGAAAACAAAGAACAGACUCUCAAAGAUGAAGUAGACAUUGGAUCUCUGUUUGAAAUGCAAGGCAACGAGAUAUCUAUCUCGUCUUCUUCUUUAUAUAGUAAUAUUUCAAGAAGUGAAUCUUCAUCAAAUUUCGCAGAAACUUCGAUCUCUUUAGAGCAAUGGGACUUGACCUAUAUGACGGAUCCUUUGGUACCAUGGGACUUCUUCACCAAUCUUGAUGAUAAUAUUUUCCUUUAAUGACAGAAUGUGAUAUAGCAUUGUAAUAUAUCUAUAAAUAUAUAAAUAAUUUUAUGUAAUAUGUAGCUUAGUUUCAUGUAUGUAAGAUGUGUCGGACGAGCGAUGAUGUAUAUUUCCUCGAACAAGAUGUAUGCAUAUAUAUAUUUCUUAAAGUUCAAAC